UUUUUCGAAGCUUGAAGCUGCCCAUUUUGGCAGCGCAACGAAGUCCGCUCAUGGAUGCCCUUAAGAAGCGGCGGACGGAAGCGGCGGUGGAAGCGGUUCGAUCGAAGAAGAUGAAUAUCAGCGAAGCGGCCAAGGAGUUUCGUCUCCAUCGCAUGUACAUAUCACGCCGAUUGCAUGGGGACGUGGGCCUGUUUUCGAUGCGCGGGCAGUCGAGUUUGCUCACACCACACCAAGAACAAGUGGUGCUGGACACGGCGCGCGCCAAGAUCCGGCAGCACCGUCGGUGUUUGAGUCCCACCGAAUUGGCGACCGUCAUGCGCGAAUGUGUCCAAGCCAGCGAUUCCUCCCGGAAACUGCCCAAGAAUUUCCCAUCCCUUCGACAAGUGCGGAGCUUCGUCGACCGCCAUCGAAAGAACGACCCGUCGCGACAGAUUGUCACCGGCACCGACGACACGAAGCAACCAGUGCCUGGAUUGCCUUGGGCUCCCGAUGCAGUCAAAGCGUGCUGAAUAACUUGAAUACGAAAGUACAAUGUUAUGAAGGUCACAGCAUCCUUCGUGCAGAAAUGUACGCGUAUGCUUUCGAC